GGCUCUGACGAUUGUAAGUCGAAAUCGAAGACAUAGACAGACUUCUCUCUCUCUCUCUGCUAUUCCCUCUUUCUUUGUUUCCUUCCUUUUAUUAUAAGGUCAGUUUCUAACCAAAAACAUAUUCAUUAAUCUUUUCGAAAACACAUAAAAUCCUCUCUUUUAUGAGAAUCUCUUUGAUUUUCUCUUCUUUUCUAUUCUUCUUUUACGCUGACACAACCCCCCCAGAACAAAUAACCAAAGAAAAAAUGUAACUUUUGCAUUUCAAACCCCAACUAACAAACCAAAUUAGCUCAAUUAUGACAUGGGUCAUCUUCCAUUCUUCCCCAUAGAUCUCUUUCUCAUCGGUUUUCCCUUUUUCCCUUUCAGGGUAUCUAAGAUCUUGUUUACUUGAGUAUCAUUUGUGUCUCUAAAAGCUGUUCGAGAUUUAUUUCAAAGUUCAACCGUGAUGGAUCAGCAAGGGCAUGGCCAGCCUCCAUCCAUGGGAGCGGUUGGCAGCGGAGGUCAGAUAGCAUAUGGUAGCAAUCUGUACCAUCCCAACCAAAUGUCUGUAGGUCCAACUUCGGGAUCUGUUGUUACAUCAGUCGGAGGCAUUCAGUCUACGAGUCAACCUGGUGGAGCACAGCUUGCUCAACAUCAACUUGCUUAUCAACAUAUCCACCAGCAGCAGCAACAACAGCUUCAACAACAGCUCCAGACUUUUUGGGUAAAUCAAUACCAAGAGAUUGAGAAGGUAACAGACUUCAAGAACCAUAGUCUUCCCUUAGCAAGGAUCAAGAAGAUCAUGAAGGCUGAUGAGGAUGUACGAAUGAUAUCAGCUGAGGCACCUGUUUUAUUUGCUAGGGCAUGUGAAAUGUUCAUCCUGGAAUUGACUUUACGGUCUUGGAAUCACACCGAAGAGAACAAGCGCAGGACACUUCAAAAGAAUGAUAUUGCUGCAGCUAUCACAAGAACUGACAUUUUCGACUUUCUGGUUGAUAUAGUGCCGAGGGAGGAUUUGAAAGAUGAAGUACUCACGUCGAUUCCAAGAGGAUCAAUGACAGUUGGGGGACCUGGAGAUACACUUCCUUACUACAUGCCAUCUCAGCAUGCACCUCAGGUUGGGGCACCUGGAAUGAUCAUGGGUAAGCCAGUUAUGGACCCAGCUAUGUAUGCUCCACAAUCACACCCUUAUAUGGCUCCACAAAUGUGGCAGCAUGCACAAGAUCAAGCCCCUCCUGAUCAAUAAUAGCUUGCUGCAUGGAGGUGAAGGCGAACCGUACGUCUUUCUUUGUUCCUUUUGUUACAUCUCUUUUAUUCAAAAUGAAAGUUCUGUGGUGGUAUAUAUAUAAUGCUUUUUUUGGUCUACUAUCUUCUAGUAGAUUUCACGUUUCUGAGGUUGUGUUUAUUCAGAAUUCAGAUUCAUUUCAGUCUUCGUGAUGCAUAUUUUGUUGAAAACAUUGGCUGUAAAGUGCAUUAUGAGUGUAUUAUCUCAAUCAUAUACGCAGCUUACAAUUUCCCUCUGAGUUGGAGCUUUAAAUAAACUCUAGUUCCGUGUUCCAUUUAAUGUGAUUAUAUUUAGACGAGACAUUUGGACAGUAGGGUCAGGUUUGUAUACCAAAAGUUAUAUGUUUGGAGUGUCUAUUUCGUUUGUAAAGAUUGGAGUUGACAAUC